AAUUCGUAUACAACUGCAUCGGCCGAUGUUGCACUCUAAGCAUAACUGAAGUUUAUCCAUGUAAUUUGAAUGUUAUCAUUCGGGCACCUCACACCAGCGCCCUCAACAAUCCUCUCUGACUGAAAGUUAUUUGUGGAAGUUGGCUCUGGCAUGAAAUGUGACUUUGAAUGGAAACUCCCUCUUUUUGGAUUUGAGUUUUUGCACGCUUUGCGAGUUUGCAGACAGAUGAGCGACGCCUGUUAAGACAGGAACUUUUGAUCAGAGUUGGAUUUAAGAUACAUCGAGAAUGCGUGACCGGACCAAAGAACUGGGCAAUACUGCUGGUGAUGCCUCGGACGAAGAUGACGAAAACAAGGCUCUUAUGAUAAAGCCUGGAUCUGGGAGCUCAGCAAAUGAAGAGAAAGAAAAUGAGUCUUUCUUCAGAAAGGUUCAGGAGAUUCGAGAGGGGCUUGAAACUAUUAAGAAGAAGGUGUCGGAAUUGGAGAACAAACAGAAAACAGUGUUAGGAGUUGCACUUCCUGAGGACACUAUGAAAAAGGAACUUCAGUCCCUCAGAGAAGACAUCAAAGUCAUGGCCAGCCAGAUCCAAAAGAAGUUAAAAGGCAUCGAACCUAAGAAAGCUGAAGGUGAAGACAAAUAUAUUCCAAUAAACGUAAGAAUGCGUCGAACUCAGCAUGGUGUUCUGUCCCGUGAAUUUCUGGAAUUGAUGGGUCACUGUAAUACAAUUCAAUCCCAAUACAGAGACCGAAAUGUGGAGAGGAUACAAAGACAACUCAAAAUCACUGGUAACAAUGUCACAGAUGAGGAGCUGGAAUCAAUGCUUGAGAGUGGACAAACAGACGUUUUCACACAAAAUAUUUUGAAUGAUGCUAAAGCUACCAGGCAGGCUCUGAACGAGAUUGAGUCGAGGCAUGAUGAGAUCAUCAAACUGGAGAGAAGCAUCAAAGAACUACAUGAUAUGUUUCAGUACCUUGCAAUGGAGGUGGAAGCACAGGGUGAGAUGGUGGACCGCAUUGAGGAGAACAUUAAGAGUUCCCAUAACUAUGUGGAAAAGGCCGUUAGGGAGACGGACGAUGCUGUAAAAACUUCAAAAAAAGUGUGCAAGAAAAAGAUAUGGAUUGCAAUAUGCAUUGCUAUUUUAAUUGUAAUAAUAGUUAUUAUCCUGGCUACCUCUUUGAGAUGAGUGUUUUCCUUUAUUAGACUUCUUUGCCCACCAAGCACUGGGUUUUCCUUCCUAAACUUCUUCCUGAAGUCCCCAAUGCAAAGAACAUGGCCAUGCGUACACAUGACCAUUAUUAGUGUCCCAUCUCUAGCUACAUGUAUUUACAUUUUAAAGUGUUAAUUAGUUGUUUUAGCUGCUUUGACCUACAAAGGAUUUGAUUUCAGACUCCUGAAAAUGUGUCAGUGGCACCACUUGGUUAUAAAAAGUGAAAUGGUAAAAACUGUUUGAAUUAACUGAUUACUGGAUUGACUGGAUUUCCAAGAUGGUGGGCUUAAUUUGCAGAAACCAACACUUAAACAUGGUCAUAUAG